AAGGGGUCGGGGCCCGGGUAGUGCGCGGACCGGACUGGAAGUGGGGGAAGCAGGACGGCGGCGAGGGCCAUGUGGGCACGGUGCGGAGCUUCGAGAGCCCCGAAGAGGUGGUGGUGGUGUGGGACAACGGCACCGCCGCCAACUACCGCUGUUCCGGGGCCUACGACCUGCGCAUCCUGGACAGCGCACCCACCGGCAUCAAGCAUGAUGGAACCAUGUGUGAUACCUGCCGCCAGCAACCAAUCAUUGGUAUUCGAUGGAAAUGUGCAGAGUGUACAAAUUAUGAUUUGUGCACAGUGUGUUAUCAUGGAGAUAAACAUCAUUUAAGGCAUCGCUUUUAUAGAAUUACUACGCCAGGAAGUGAGCGGGUUCUAUUAGAGUCUCGUAGAAAAUCUAAGAAGAUUACAGCCAGAGGAAUCUUUGCAGGUGCCAGAGUCGUACGAGGAGUAGACUGGCAGUGGGAAGAUCAAGAUGGAGGAAAUGGGCGUAGGGGAAAGGUAACAGAAAUCCAGGACUGGAGUGCAUCGAGCCCGCAUAGUGCAGCCUAUGUUCUCUGGGAUAAUGGUGCUAAGAACCUUUACAGAGUUGGCUUUGAGGGCAUGUCUGAUCUGAAGUGUGUCCAGGAUGCCAAAGGGGGUUCUUUCUACAGAGACCACUGCCCUGUGCUAGGUGAGCAGAAUGGCAACAGGAAUCCUGGUGGAUUGCAGAUUGGUGAUCUAGUAAAUAUAGAUCUUGACCUAGAAAUUGUACAGUCUUUGCAGCAUGGUCAUGGAGGAUGGACCGAUGGAAUGUUUGAGACUUUAACUACAACUGGAACUGUUUGUGGCAUUGAUGAAGAUCAUGACAUUGUUGUACAGUAUCCAAGUGGCAAUAGGUGGACCUUCAAUCCUGCUGUUCUCACUAAAGCAAACAUUGUCCGAAGUGGAGAUGCUGCUCAAGGUGCAGAAGGAGGCACCUCCCAGUUUCAAGUGGGUGAUCUUGUACAAGUUUGUUAUGAUCUGGAAAGAAUUAAACUUCUACAAAGAGGACAUGGUGAAUGGGCUGAAGCGAUGCUUCCGACUUUAGGUAAAGUUGGCCGAGUACAACAGAUUUAUUCAGACAGUGAUUUAAAGGUGGAAGUUUGUGGAACAUCUUGGACAUAUAAUCCAGCAGCAGUUUCCAAGGUGGCAUCUGCAGGAUCAGCCAUUAGCAAUGCAUCUGGUGAAAGACUGUCACAACUCCUGAAGAAAUUAUUUGAAACCCAAGAAUCUGGUGACCUCAAUGAAGAAUUAGUUAAGGCUGCUGCCAAUGGAGAUGUUGCUAAAGUGGAAGAUUUGCUAAAAAGACCAGAUGUGGAUGUGAAUGGGCAAUGUGCUGGCCACACAGCUAUGCAAGCUGCUAGUCAGAAUGGACAUGUUGACAUUUUGAAGUUACUUUUGAAGCAAAAUGUGGAUGUAGAAGCAGAGGAUAAAGAUGGAGAUCGAGCAGUUCACCAUGCAGCUUUUGGAGAUGAAGGUGCUGUUAUAGAAGUACUACACCGAGGCAGUGCUGAUUUGAAUGCUCGCAACAAGCGCCGACAGACACCACUUCAUAUUGCUGUCAAUAAAGGUCAUCUUCAGGUUGUGAAGACUUUAUUGGACUUUGGCUGUCAUCCUAGUCUCCAGGAUUCUGAAGGUGAUACCCCUCUUCAUGAUGCAAUAAGUAAGAAACGUGAUGAUAUCCUGGCAGUUCUUUUGGAAGCUGGAGCAGAUGUUACCAUCACAAACAAUAAUGGGUUUAAUGCUCUACAUCAUGCUGCACUAAGGGGAAAUCCCAGUGCAAUGCGUGUUUUACUAUCUAAAUUACCAAGACCAUGGAUUGUGGAUGAGAAGAAAGAUGAUGGUUAUACUGCCUUGCAUCUGGCUGCCCUUAAUAAUCAUGUAGAAGUGGCUGAACUGUUGGUACAUCAGCUUUUGGUCCGAGCAGGUGCCAAACUGGAUAUUCAGGAUAAAGAUGGAGAUACUCCUUUGCAUGAAGCUCUGAGGCAUCACACUUUGUCUCAGCUAAGGCAGCUACAAGAUAUGCAAGAUGUGGGGAAGGUGGAUGCUGCCUGGGAGCCAUCCAAAAACACAUUGAUAAUGGGACUUGGUACCCAGGGGGCAGAGAAGAAGAGUGCAGCAUCUAUUGCCUGUUUCUUGGCAGCCAAUGGGGCUGACCUUAGCAUUCGAAAUAAGAAGGGUCAGUCACCACUUGAUCUGUGUCCUGAUCCAAGUCUCUGCAAAGCACUUGCUAAGUGUCAUAAGGAAAAAGUCAGUGGUCAAGUGGGUUCUCGGAGCCCUUCUAUGAUUAGUAAUGAUUCUGAAACCCUAGAAGAGUGUAUGGUGUGCUCAGAUAUGAAGAGAGAUACUCUUUUUGGCCCAUGUGGACAUAUUGCUACCUGUUCUUUAUGUUCUCCACGAGUCAAGAAAUGCCUCAUAUGUAAAGAACAAGUUCAAUCCAGGACAAAGAUUGAAGAAUGUGUGGUAUGCUCUGACAAGAAAGCAGCUGUUCUUUUUCAGCCUUGUGGACACAUGUGUGCUUGUGAGAACUGUGCUAGCUUGAUGAAAAAGUGCGUGCAAUGUCGGGCAGUAGUUGAACGAAGAGUGCCUUUCAUUAUGUGCUGUGGAGGGAAAAGCUCAGAAGAUGCCUCAGAUGAUAUCUCAAGUGGAAAUAUUCCAGUGUUACAAAAGGACAAAGAUAAUACCAAUGUCAAUGCAGAUGUGCAAAAGUUGCAGCAACAGUUACAGGACAUUAAGGAGCAGACAAUGUGCCCUGUGUGUUUGGAUCGUCUGAAGAAUAUGAUUUUCCUCUGUGGCCACGGAACAUGCCAGCUCUGUGGAGACCGCAUGAGUGAAUGUCCUAUUUGUCGCAAGGCUAUUGAACGAAGGAUUCUUUUGUAUUAACUGAGAAACACAGUGCAUUUUGUUAGCUAAAGUAUCUAGUCAUGAGAUCUUGGUAAGCUUUUAAGAUAGUUGGAAAUUCUAAAGAAUUAAUUUCUAAUGUCAUAGUUUCUUUAUUAGAGUGUAAUAAGAUUAUAAAUGUACCAGAACAACAAAAAACUCUACAAAAGAGUGUUUGAAAUCAUGGUUUGGUUUUUUUUUUCUUUUAAAUUUAAAACAUUAAAACGAUUUACUUUAUCUUAGGUAAUUUGCUUUUGGUUUCUAAGGGGAAAAUACUUUAAGGAUCUUCUUUUAUUUUAAUUUUUAUUGCAUUUUCACUUACAAUUUAUAAAUUUGUUAGACCUCAAAGGACAUACUUCCUUGUGAUCAGUUAUAUUUUAAUUUGUCAUGGUUUUUACACAGUGAGUUGACACAGGUACACUGAAAAGUAGUCAUUCAUCACAUGAAAGGGGCAAGUUGGGACUGGCCAGUUAGCUCACUUGGGAGAAUGUGGUGCUGGUAACACCAAGGUUGGGGUUUGGAUCUGAAUACUGGCCAGCCAUUCAUCCCUCUCCACCCCUACUACCCUCCCUCCCCCCAAAAAAGAACAGGGCAAAUCAAAGCAUAAUGUCACAUGUUAAGUGAUAAAAAUUAUUGUACAGGUUCCACAUACUUAAGGGAAUAUUGAGGGAAGAUUGUCUUUUUAAGAGAACAGGAAAUUAUCCAGAUAUUUGUUUCUGAAUUCUUAGAGUAAAUGGAAGCAUAGAAUAAGAGAAUGAUGACUUUGCAUUUAGCUUAUUUUUUAUACUUAAAGUUGUCUAAUUUGAAUGAAAUUACUAGUUUCAAAAUGACUGAUAGACAUGAAAAGGAAAAAUAAGCACUCAUAGUGGGGAACUGAAGGGAAAAAAACCCAGCAAAAGAGUACGUAUUAACUAAUAUUAACACUUGCCUGUGUUAUAUUAAUCUGUACACAGUUUUGUUCAGCCAGCCUUUUAAAAAAUGUCUGUGAAAAAUGUACCUCAGUUUUCUCUGUGAUUAGUUGCCAUGGCUUGUUCUGACCAGUAAAAUGAUACUGUCCUGUUUGGGCCUCUUAGUUUUUAUUUAGUUCUUAUGUACUUAUAGCAUCCCAGUGACCUGCAGAGGAUAAUGCAUUGUCCAAAGGCAGCAAUCUUUUCUUCUCUGUAUCUAUUAAUUCUGACAGUGUUACUUAUUCUGCCUUUGUUAUAGGCCUUGCUUCCGUUCUCUCUCUGAUAGAAAGUCUCGGUCUCUCUUUGUACCUACAGAUGAGGAUGUUAUUUGAACUGCCAACAAUAUCAAGACAUAGUAUGUAAUGUAAUAAUAUACUUACUUUAGAAGAGUGACCAGGACAUUUAUAGAAAUAUGUCUGAUUACUACCUGUAGAUUUAUUUUUUUCUCACAAACUUUGACUCUAGAGCAUCUAAUCAUUUUCUCUCCUUUGAAUGAAUAAUCUUAUUGCAUCUAAGGUAUAUAUACACAUGAGUAAUUGUUCGGGGGUUCACUGCUGCUAGAUUAUAAAAAUAUCAGCUGUUUACAUAGUGUCUACUAUAUAUUGUUCAUAAGCUUACUCCUAAGGAAUAGUUAUCUUUUUGGGUAGUUUUUCCCCCCCUUUAAAUAUGGCUAGCUUUUCUUAUUUCAGUUUUUCUGCUACAACCACUAAGUUUGAAAGUGCAAAGUUUCUAGCCCUCAUAACACCAUGUUUCUGGCUGUUUAGUUGCUACUGCCUUUGCAAGUCCUGGUAAAAGCAAUGGUAAUCUUUACUGGCUUGUUUUGUAGUAUCAGGAAUUUCAUAUCUAUGUUUAGCUGAGUAACUUAUCAUUUAGAACAAUAAAAGUUUUAUAAAUUUUGAA